AUGAAUCCUUCACUGCUGCCCCACCCCAAGCAGAAACGCUACAGACCGGCUGCCAGUGGACCCCCUGGGGACGCCAAAGAGCUUUAUAGAGAAGGCCUCUUACCUUCUUCUCAGCCUUGCUCAAAAGACAGGCCACGGAGAAAGGGAAAUUCCUGCAGCGUUGGGACUUGGGACUUGCGGUUAAACAGAGGCAGCAAGUUUCAACCGGCUGCACAAGGAAGAGCCUCUCCAAACGUUAAGUGGAUAGACAUCACGCCAGACAUGAUGGUACAGGAGAGGCCUCUUGAUGUUGACUGUAAACGCCUAAGCCCUGACCGCUGCAAGUGCAAAAAGGUGAAGCCGACUCUGGCGACGUAUCUGAGCAAAAACUACAGCUACGUCAUUCACGCCAAAAUAAAAGCUGUGCAGAGAAGCGGCUGUAACGAAGUAACGACCGUGGUGGACGUGAAAGAGAUCUUCAAGUCCUCGUCACCCAUCCCUCGGACGCAGGUCCCGCUCAUUACCAAUUCUUCCUGCCAGUGCCCCCACAUCCUGCCCCAUCAAGAUGUGCUCAUCAUGUGUUACGAGUGGCGCUCCAGGAUGAUGCUUCUUGAAAACUGUUUAGUUGAAAAAUGGAGAGACCAACUUAGUAAAAGAUCCAUACAGUGGGAAGAGAGGCUCCGGGAGCAGCGGAGGACAGUUCAGGAUAAGAAGCGAACGGCUGGGCAUACCGGUCGUAGCAACGCCCAGAAACCAAAGGGAAAGCCGCCCUCUCCCAAACCGGCCAGCCCCAAGAAGACCGUCAAAGCUAGGAGUGCCCAGAAGAGAACAAACCCGAAAAAAGUGUGA